AUGCGUUGUUGCAGAUGCGGAUGCUGCUCCGUUGUGAAGAGCAAGGCUGUGUGCUGCUGCCAGCCAUGCCAGAAGACCAUCUGUUGCAGCCCAUGCCAGCAGUCCUGCUCCUGCGGCCCAUGCCAGAAGACCGUCUGCUGCGACCCAUGCCAGAAGACCCCCUGCUGUGACCCAUGCCAGCAGUCUGUCUGCUGUGACCCAUGCCAGAAGCCAUGCUGUGACCCAUGCCAGAAGCCCUGUUGUGACCCAUGCCAGCAGUCUGUCUGCUGUGACCCAUGCCAGAAGCCCUGUUGUGACCCAUGCCAGCAGUCUGUCUGCUGUGACCCAUGCCAGAAGCCCUGCUGUGACCCAUGCCAGCAGUCUGUCUGCUGUGAUCCAUGCCAGAAGCCCUGUUGUGACCCAUGCCAGAAGCCCUGUUGUGACCCAUGCCAGCAGUCUGUCUGCUGUGAUCCAUGCCAGAAGCCCUGCUGUGACCCAUGCCAGAAGCCCUGCUGUGACCCAUGCCAACAGUCUACCUGCUGUGACCCAUGCCAGCAGUCUGUCUGCUGUGACCCAUGCCAGAAGCCCUGCUGUGACCCAUGCCAACAGUCUACCUGCUGUGACCCAUGCCAACAGUCUGUCUGCUGUGACCCAUGCCAACAGUCUACCUGCUGUGACCCAUGCCAGCAGUCUGUGUGCCAGAAGCCCUGCUGUUGCUGUGGCCAGGUACCCUGCUGCUGUACCUGCCGCCCUUGCUGCCCUGCUGCGUGUCUGUCUUGCUGCUCCUACACUGUGAAGAAGCCCAUUGUGCUGCAUUGCAGCCCUGUGCCGUGCUGCUCUCCCCUGAGGAAAUAUAGCAUUCCCAUCCAGCAGUGUUGUACCACAAUCAAGAGGCUUCGCUGA